AUGGCAGCAGCAGCAGCUGCAAACACAUUCUACAGCAUCGUCGCCGGCGUGGGCGCGGGAACCGGCCGUUCCGUCGCCCUCAGGUUCGCAAGGACCUACCCCGUCGCCCUCCUGGCCCGCAACCCCGAGAACUACGAAUCCAUAGUCAGAGAAAUCAAUGCUGCAGGCGGGAAAGCAAUUGGCGUCUCCACGGACGUGUCGUCUGAAUCCUCUGUCAAGAACGCAUUCACAGAGAUAGAAAAGGAAUUCAAGGGGAAGAAGCUCGCGGCUGCCGUGUACAACGUUGGGGGCAAGUUUAUUAGAAAGCCGUUCUUGGAGUUGACGAAGGAUGAGUACGAGGCCGGGUAUACCGCGAAUGGAACCGGAUUCUUCCUCUUCGCCCAAGCAACGCUCCCCUCCCUCUUGUCUUCCGUCCCGUCCUCUCCACACCCACCCUCUCUCAUCGUCACAGGCGCCACCGCAUCGCUACGAGGGGGUGCAUCUAUGUCCUCAUUCGCGAGCGGCAAAUUCGCCUUGAGAGCAACAGCCCAGAGUCUGGCGAGGGAGUUCGGUCCGCAAGGAAUCCAUGUCGCACAUGCGAUCAUAGAUGGCGUGAUUGAUAUCCCGAGAACGAAAGAGUGGGCUGUGAAUGGGGGAGUCGAGGAUGGGAAAAUCAGCCCAGAUGCCAUUGCUGAUUCAUAUUGGUAUCUGCAUACGCAGCCCAGAAGCCACUUUACGCAAGAAUUGGAUAUGAGGCCAUUCGUGGAGAAGUUUUAG